GACAUUAUAAGAUCUCUUUGGGGCCUCACUCAUCACAUUUUGAAGAGAUUGUUAUCUGCUCAACUUUGGCUAGACACACACAUGCACGCCUAUGCCAAUCAUAUGCUGAUGAAGAGAACAUUUCCAGUUCUUCCUUAGAAUCAGAAUGGCGCUCUCUCAACAAGGACCUGCAGAUUCAAGCACAGAGUCUACGGUUCGAUCUCCGCGAUGUCUCAAGGCAGUGGCUUUUGGUAUACUGUGUUUGGUUCUCCUGGUGACAGCUGUGGUGUUGACCACCAAAUUUCUGCAGGUUCCUCAGAAGGUCAAGAAACAGCAUGGAAUUGGGAAGAUGAGCAAAGAAAAAAUUAACUACACAAAUGAUAUAGAAAAUCUCAAGGAAGAAAUUGAAAACAAAGGAAAUCUUUCCACACUCUAUUGUGAAAAAUGGUUUGUGGAUAUAGAGAAAAUUUACUGUUUUCAUCUCUCGCACUAUUCCUGGAAUGAGAGUAGAAAGUUCUGUGAAGAUAAAGCCUUCAGCCUUCUUCAAAUCAACAACAAAGAUGACCUGGAUUUUAUGAAAAAGAAUGUGUAUCAUACUCACUGGGUCGGAUUGUCCUAUGCCAGAAUCUCCAGGAGCUGGACAUGGGAAGAUGGCUCCCCUCUCUCUCCUGAUCUGAGCCUACCAGGCCCAAGUGUAACCUCUCCAAUCACCUGUGGAGUGUUGGAAACCUCAAAACUAGGAGCUCGUGAUUGCAGCAUGAAAUUCCCCUUCGUUUGUGAGCAGAAGCAUAACAGAAUCAGAAGAAGGGAAGGUGGAAACUGACAUGGUCUUUUCCAGGAAUAACCCCAAACCAAAAAAGCUUGCCACUUUCUCCUUGUCUCUGUAAUUUCUGUAUACUUGUUGCCACUGAUCACUUCCAGGCAUUUUAAAUUCAUGCUCUCAGUCCAGAAACACAAACAGAUGAGAUGGUUUAGAGCAUUCAUUAAGCACGUGGAUGCAAAACACUCUGCAAAGCCCUGGGAAUUAAUUUACGGAGGAGAAUUAGACAUGGUUCCUAACCAACCGCUUAAGAAUAAAGCUGGUAAUA